ACGACCAUCGUUUAAUGUGUUUACUAGCAUAAAUGUGGAAAAGUAAUGCUUUUAAUAAUAAGUGAAACUUAAUUUUGACCAUGGAUGAAGUUCGCAAACUAGAGCACCUAUCCCUCGUAUCUAAAAUCUGUACAGAAUUAGAUAACCACUUAGGACUAAACGAUAAAGAUUUGGCUGAAUUUAUCAUAGAUUUGGCAGAAAAAAAUCCAGAAUUUGAAAACUUUAAGAAUGCUCUUGUUGAAAAUGGUGCAGAAUUCUCAGAUUCAUUUACUUCUAAUUUAUUACGUAUCAUCCAUCACAUGAAACCUUCAAAAACAGAAAAUCAAAAAGAUGAAAAAAAUGCUGGAAGCUCGAAUCCAUUAGCUGCAAAAUUUCCCGGCUUGGCAAUUCCCAAUGAUAAACCACAUAAGUUUUCCUCGGAUGAUGACAGUGAUGAUGAUUCCAAAGAUACUAAACAUAAAAGAGUAACAAGCAAACAAAUGUUUCAAGAUGAUGAAAAACCAAAGGCUAAGGAUAAGGGCAAUAGCGUCGUGGAUGAUGCUAUGGCUGCAUUUGAAGCACUAGCCCCAUCAAAUUGUAAAAAAAAUGAAGAAGUCAAAGAAUCUGUAGAUACCAAAGCAAAGAAAGACUACUCAAGAGAUAGAAGAGAAAGAAGUAGAGAUAGGAGAAGUCGCAGUAAACAUCGGAGUAGAGAAAGAAGUCGCAGUAGAGGAAGAAGAGGCAAAAGUAAAGACAGAAGAAGUAGAAGUCGUGGCAGAGAUAGAAGGAAAAGGUCAAGAAGUCGGCACAGGUCUAAAUCAAGAGACAGAUCUCAGCGAUCAAAAUCGAGGAAUAGACAUCAUAGGUCCAGGUCUAGAGACAGGCGGCGUAGAUCUAGAUCUAGAGAAAGAAGAUCAAAGUCAAGAGGCUACUCUCCUGAUAGGGAUGAUAGGGGGAGGCACAGAGAUAGCAAAUAUAAUAAAGGACAAAGAAACAGAAGUCCUGAAGUGCCAAUGAGUGAGGAUCCCGAACCUGGAAAGAUUUACAACGGCAGAGUGGCCAACAUUGUGCCGUUUGGAUGUUUUGUGCAAAUGGAAGGGCUUAAGAAGAGAUGGGAGGGUCUGGUGCACAUCUCACAGCUGCGGGCCGAGGGCCGUGUCACCAACGUGUCAGAUGUUGUCUCCAGAGGGGACAAAGUCAAAGUCAAAGUGCUAUCAAUGACUGGGCAAAAAGUCUCGCUCACCAUGAAGGAUGUAUGCCAAGAGACUGGCAAAGAUCUCAAUCCAACUUUACCAGCACAGUUAGAGGCUGAGCGCGAAGGUCGCAACCCGGAUCGUCCGCCGCCGGCAGCGACGGUGCUGGCGGGGCUGCAGGGCGGCAUCGACCCCGACGAGGACUCCAGCCGGAAGCGCGUCACCAGGAUCUCCAGCCCCGAGCGGUGGGAAAUUAAACAGAUGAUUUCAUCGGGGGUCAUAGACAAGAGCGAGUUGCCGGACUUCGACGAGGAGACCGGUCUUCUACCGAAGGACGAGGACGGCGAGGCGGACAUAGAGAUAGAACUCGUCGAGGACGAGCCCCCGUUCCUUCAAGGUCACGGGAGGGCUUUACAUGACCUGUCUCCUGUGAGGAUCGUUAAAAAUCCGGAUGGCUCUCUAGCCCAAGCCGCAAUGAUGCAAUCGGCACUGGCUAAGGAAAGACGGGAGCAGAAGAUGUUGCAACGGGAGCAGGAAAUGGAGAGUCUGCCGACAGGCUUGAACAAGAAUUGGAUAGACCCACUGCCGGAGUCGGACGGGCGCGCGCUCGCCGCCAACGUGCGCGGCACCGGUGUCGCGCCGCAGGACCUCCCCGAGUGGAAGAAACACGUCAUUGGUGGGAAGAAGUCAUCGUUUGGAAAGAAAACUAAUCUAUCGCUAUUGGAGCAGAGGCAGUCGCUGCCCAUUUAUAAACUGCGUGAUGAGCUGACUAAGGCGAUAUCGGACAACCAGAUCCUGAUAGUGAUCGGCGAGACGGGGUCGGGCAAGACGACGCAGAUCACGCAGUACGUGUGCGAGAGCGGGCUGGCGGCGCGCGGGCGCGUGGCGUGCACGCAGCCGCGUCGCGUCGCCGCCAUGUCCGUCGCCAAGCGCGUCGCCGAGGAGUUCGGUUGCCGGCUCGGCCAGGAAGUCGGAUACACCAUCCGUUUCGAGGACUGCACCGGACCUGACACCAUCAUCAAAUACAUGACAGACGGUAUGUUGCUGCGGGAGUGCCUCAUGGACCUGGACCUCAAGAGCUACUCGGUGAUCAUGUUGGACGAGGCGCACGAGCGCACCAUCCACACGGACGUGCUGUUCGGUCUGCUGAAGCAGGCGGUGCAGAAGCGGCCCGAGCUGAAGUUGAUAGUUACGUCGGCGACGCUGGACGCCGUCAAGUUCUCGCAGUACUUCUUCGAGGCUCCCAUUUUCACGAUCCCCGGGCGCACGUUCCCGGUGGAGGUGCUGUACACGAAGGAGCCGGAGACGGACUACCUAGACGCGUCGCUCAUCACCGUGAUGCAGAUCCACCUGCGCGAGCCGCCCGGCGACGUUCUGCUGUUUUUAACCGGUCAAGAAGAGAUCGACACCGCGUGCGAGAUCCUCUAUGAGCGCAUGAAGUCGCUUGGCCCCGACGUGCCCGAGCUCAUCAUCCUGCCCGUGUACUCGGCGCUGCCGUCCGAGAUGCAGACGCGCAUCUUCGAGCCCGCGCCGCCCGGCUCGCGCAAGGUCGUCAUCGCGACCAACAUCGCGGAGACCUCGCUGACGAUAGACGGCAUCUACUACGUAGUGGACCCCGGCUUCGUCAAGCAGAAGGUGUACAACUCGAAGACGGGCAUGGACUCACUGGUGGUGACGCCGAUCUCGCAGGCGGCGGCGAAGCAGCGGGCGGGACGCGCCGGCCGCACGGGGCCCGGCAAGACCUACCGCCUGUACACCGAGCGCGCCUACCGCGACGAGAUGCUGCCCACGCCCGUGCCCGAGAUACAGCGCACCAACCUCGCCACCACAGUGUUGCAGCUGAAGACGAUGGGCAUCAACGACCUGCUGCACUUCGACUUCAUGGACGCGCCGCCGGUGGAGUCGCUCAUCAUGGCGCUGGAGCAGCUGCACUCGCUCUCCGCGCUCGACGCCGAGGGCCUGCUCACGCGGCUAGGCCGUCGGAUGGCAGAGUUCCCUCUGGAGCCGAACCUGUCCAAGAUCCUGAUCAUGUCGGUGGCACUGCAGUGUUCCGACGAGAUCCUCACAGUCGUCUCCAUGCUGAGCGUCCAAAACGUGUUCUAUCGGCCCAAGGACAAGCAGGCGCUAGCUGACCAGAAGAAGGCCAAGUUCAACCAGCCGGAGGGCGACCACCUCACACUUCUGGCCGUCUUCAACAGCUGGAAGAACAAUAAAUUCUCCAACGCGUGGUGCUACGAGAACUUCGUACAGAUCCGCACGCUCAAGCGCGCGCAGGACGUGCGGAAACAGUUGCUCGGCAUUAUGGACAGGCACAAGUUGGACGUGGUGUCGGCGGGUAAGAAUACUGUGCGCAUUCAGAAGACGAUAUGCUCGGGUUUCUUCCGCAACGCCGCCAAGAAGGAUCCACAAGAGGGAUACCGCACGCUCGUCGACAGUCAAGUCGUCUACAUACAUCCUUCGAGCGCGCUCUUCAACCGCCAACCCGAAUGGGUGAUCUACCACGAGCUGGUGCAGACGACGAAGGAGUACAUGCGCGAGGUGACCACCAUCGACCCCAAGUGGCUGGUAGAGUUCGCGCCCGCCUUCUUCAAGUUCUCCGACCCCACCAAGCUGUCGCGAUUCAAGAAGAACCAGCGCCUCGAGCCGCUAUACAACAAGUAUGAAGAGCCCAACGCCUGGCGAAUCUCGCGCGUGCGCAGACGACGGAAUUAACUUCGAUAUUUGUAUAAUAAAUUAUGUAACAGUAAG